AUGGAUCUUUGUUCAGUCCCAAAGCUUCAUAAGGUUCUCUUUGGUUUGGAUUUGCCAUUAAUUGAGGUAAAGAAGAAGCUCUUUGAUGAUGAUUCAGUGGUUAGUCUCGUGAUCUCUGCUCCACCGGGGUGCGGGAAAACCACAUUGGUUACUCAGCUUUGUCAUGAUGACGAGAUCAUAGCUGCACUACUUAAGCACUAA